AGAUGGGGAAUUUUGUGAAAGUCGUAGCGUAGAGUGUGGAAAUAGAAGUGGGAGUUCUGCUCCUCGUGGAGUUUAAUGAUUGGCCAGAGAGUUUUGUCAGAGGGAACGGGGAUCUCCAGGACAUCUGCUGGAAACUCUGGGUGGAAGGUUACAGCUGCAUGUUCAUGAAAACAGACAAAUAAAUGAAGGGGGGGAUCCCGCUUCCCAUCCUGAUUUGGAACCAGCCCCCUUUCCCUCUGGGUCCCCCCACCUACCUCCCACACACUGUGACUCACAACCGCUCUGGUCUGUCCAUCGCAGUCCGAACGAUCCCCUGCAGCACCUCCAAGCUGCUCUGUUCAGAUAGUCAUGACUGGCUGCACUGCUGAGGUCAAAACGGCAUGUGCAUGUACCCUCGGCGGCCUCGUCAGAGCGCUGAGGAGUCGGCUGAAGUCCCUUCGACGACUCCUGCUCACCUCGGGGUCCGACAGCAGCCGCCAAAGACCCUCUUGGAGCUCCAGAAGUGGCUGCUGGGAGAGACCUGGGCUGGAAAACAGGAAAAAUGUGAAGAGAGUUUUAGAGUGUUGUGGUCCAAAAUCCCUCAGUGAGGCUGAUGAUGUUCCCAUCAAAGAGAUCAGCAUCACCCAUCACGUGAAGGAGGGAUCGGAAAAAGCCGACCCGCGACAGUUUGAGCUCCGGAAAGUCCUGGGACAGGGUUCCUUUGGGAAGGUGUUUCUGGUGAGGAAGGUCACAGGACCGGACGCAGGUCAGCUGUACGCCAUGAAGGUCCUAAAGAAAGCCACACUGAAAGUUCGUGACCGGGUCAGAACAAAGAUGGAGAGGGACAUCCUGGUGGAGGUCAACCACCCCUUCAUCGUCAAACUGCAUUACGCGUUUCAGACGGAAGGGAAGCUCUACCUCAUCCUGGACUUUCUCAGAGGAGGAGACCUCUUUACUCGCCUCUCCAAGGAGGUGAUGUUCACCGAGGAAGAUGUAAAGUUCUACCUGGCUGAGCUCGCUCUGGCCCUGGAUCACCUUCACGACCUCGGCAUCAUUUACAGAGACCUGAAGCCUGAAAAUAUCCUGCUCGAUGAGGCCGGACACAUCAAGCUGACAGACUUCGGCCUCAGCAAGGAGUCGAUAGACCACGAGAACAAAGCCUACUCCUUCUGUGGGACGGUGGAGUACAUGGCCCCUGAGGUGGUGAACAGGCGAGGACACACGCACAGCGCCGACUGGUGGUCGUACGGCGUGCUCAUGUUUGAGAUGCUGACGGGAACGCUGCCUUUCCAAGGCAAAGACCGGAAAGAGACCAUGACAAUGAUCCUCAAAGCCAAGUUGGGAAUGCCGCAGUUCCUCAGCUCCGAGGCUCAGAGUCUCCUCAGGAACCUUUUCAAACGCAACCCUGGAAACAGACUGGGUGCCGGACCAGACGGUGUGGAGGAGAUCAAGAGGCAUUCGUUCUUCAGCAGAAUCGACUGGAAUAAACUCUUCCGCAGAGAGAUUUCACCUCCUUUCAAACCAGCUGCAGGACGACCUGACGACACUUUCUAUUUCGAUUCCGAGUUCACAGCUAAAACACCCCGAGACUCGCCGGGAGUCCCUCCCAGCGCCAACGCCCAUCAGCUCUUCAGAGGAUUCAGCUUUGUGGCCAUAACGGAGGAAGAGACACAACCAGUGCCUAAUACUAUUGUACAGCAACUUCACAGGAGCACUUCCCAGUACUCGGACACCUACGAGAUUAAAGAGGACAUCGGCGUUGGCUCCUACUCCAUCUGCAAGCGCUGCGUACACAAAGUCACCGGCAUGGAGUACGCUGUGAAGAUCAUCAAUAAGGCCAAGAGAGACCCCACAGAGGAGGUGGAGAUCCUGCUGAGAUACGGCCAGCACCCUAACAUCAUCACCCUGAAGGACGUGUAUGACGACGGCCGCUCUGUGUUCCUGGUGACGGAGCUGAUGAAAGGAGGCGAGCUGCUGGACAAAAUCCUCCGGCAGAAGUUUUUCUCUGAGCGGGAAGCCAGCGCCGUGCUCUACACCAUCACCAAGACGGUGGAGUAUCUGCACGUGAACGGGGUGGUGCACAGGGACCUGAAGCCCAGCAACAUUCUGUACGUCGACGAGACCGGGAACGCCGAGUCCAUCCGGAUCUGCGACUUUGGUUUCGCCAAGCAGCUGAGAGCAGAGAACGGUUUGCUCAUGACGCCGUGUUAUACCGCCAACUUCGUCGCUCCAGAGGUUUUGAAGAAGCAGGGUUACGAUGCAGCCUGUGACAUCUGGAGUCUGGGAGUUCUGCUCUACACGAUGCUAACAGGUUUUACUCCUUUUGCUAAUGGUCCAGAGGACACACCAGAGGAGAUUCUGGCUCGUAUUGGCAGUGGAAAUUUCUCCCUCACUGGAGGGUACUGGAACUCUGUCUCUGCUGAAGCAAAGAAUCUGGUCUCUAAGAUGCUGCAUGUAGAUCCUCAUCGGCGACUGACUGCGGCUCAGGUCCUCAGACAUCCCUGGGUGGUCCUCAGAGACGAGCUGCCCAGAUUCACCCUGAACAGACAGGACGCACCACACCUCGUCAAGGGUGCAAUGGCAGCCACCUACUCGGCCCUGAACAGGAACGUCCCCCCGGUUCUGGACCCAGUGGGGUGCUCCACUCUGGCCCAGCGGAGGGGGAUGAAAAAGAUCACCUCCACCGCUCUUUGACUUCCUCCUCUUCCUCUUCCUGUCAACUCUGACCUCUAUCUGAUCGCCGCCGGACCUCCCCACUGACCCCCCCUCUCCGGUCCACUCCGGUCCGGUCGGUUGGACAGACUACUGAUGGACCUGAGAGCCGCUAACGCCAAAUAGAAGCACACACCCUCACCGCCCUGCCCUGCACCUUAACGGGUUUUUCUCAUCAGAUCCCUCCUGCUGUCCUACUGUUGAAUCUCAGCUUUAGCAUCACCAAUCGACGGCAGGACUGAGCUGCAACUAGAAGCCCGUCAACCCAGUUCUACUGCGGAGUUCUCCAGCAGCAUUUCUCCUUCAGACAAUCAGCGCUUCCUUGCCACACAGAGGAUGCGUCAGGAAAAUGAAAGUAUUUAUUAACCUCAGACGGGGAAAUCAUAGGAACAAAGUAAUGUAAGGUAUGCAUUUAAAGAGCUAGGAUCAUUAUCUGUGUAGUUGUAGAAUCUGCAUUUAAACCUUAAGUAGCCUAUGAGAUGAUGAGAGACGGACAGAAAUCCAGAUUCAGCUCAGGAAGCAGCUGCCUCGGAAUAUCGCCGCUUGUGUUUUAAAGGGAAAUAAAAGUCUCACUGGAGCCAGAAUGUUUUUAACAUCCGUUUUGUUGGGAAAAAUUUUUUUUUUCCAUUAUUUCGUCAUUCAGCAGCAAAAGAGCAAAGUGUUUUAAACACCUGCAAAUCAAAACCUUUUGUUUCCACCAACAUUUGUCCAAAACCCAAUUUAGGAAAUUACUCUGGAAUAACCCGAAAACUAGUUCUCCACAACAUUGAAAAUUAUAGUUUGGUGCCCCCUAGUGGACACAAAGGGUAUAACCAGCCAUUUUCCCUUCGUUUUGUCUAAUUUUUCUUCCAUUUUCAGGACAGUUUGAACUUCUAUUUGACACAUAACAUCAUGAACAUUAUUCCUUUCUCUCUAGUAAUGAAACACAUUUAUUCAGAUUAGGAAGCAAUUAAAUCUAUGGUGCUCAGUUUUUCUCAUUUCGCUUUUGGAAAUAAAUCUGAUAAAAUUUCUGAUAAAAUGUUGUAAAAAACACCAAAUAACUCACAACACUACAGUUUAACUAACAAAUUCUAUUCAAAACGUCUAUUUAUUAAAUCUUUUUUUGUCAUAGCAUGUAAAGCAGAUUAGUCAUAUUAACAUCUAAUGUGUUUUGGUCUAUAAAAUAUCUUUUUAAGAGCUAAUGAAUAAUGAAUGCUGGUUAAAGGAAACAUUAAAGGACCCUUAAUGCUAGUCUGUGAAUUUUAAUCCAGGUUAAAUGUCUGGUUUUGUGAUGCUAUUAUUCCCUCAGCAUUGAAAAAAUGAUAUAGAAAAAUAAAUCUAAGCGUGCAGCUAUGUUUCUGAUGACGUUUGGUGGCAAAAUAUCAUAUGCUAUUACUGAAAAUUCACAACAAACUACUAAUAUUUUGCCCUUAGACAGCCAGCGGUGUUUGGAGCUCCAUAGCUCAGCCAUACUUCACAGCAGAAACAUCAUUAAAAUCAUUAAAUAUAUUUUAUAGUCUAAGUUUUGUGAAUGUUUUUGAGAUGUUACCACUGAAUAUUUAUCUUAAAGUGAUGAUGUCACUCAAUCCAGACUUUAUCCGUGUUUCUCCCAUUAAACUACUUUCAUGCCCCCAGUUUCAUCUCUACACAUAAAACUCAUACAUUAAAUGUAGAUAUUUUUGUCCUCUUUGGCCCAGUGAGUCUCCCUCUGCUGCAGGUUUAUAAUAUUUAGUCCAAUUACCUCAGAGCUCUCACACAUUUAACUUAAUUCACUUCCAUUAUAUUUCAGCUCUGAAUUUUCAGAGCUAAAACUGAUGAGUGUCUUUUAACCACCAUUUCUCCCACAUAAAACACUGUAGACAUCUAAGAUGUUACAUGUGUGGCCGCCACGAGGUUUUGCUUCUCGCGGUUAAAGGAUUAAUCGAUACAACUUAUAGUUUUCACAGAGCGGCUAUUUGUUUGAGGCCUAAUUUCCUGCCCCUACCUGGCUAUCUGAUGGUACUGUGGGCUACCCCUCCCUCUUGUACCCUAGAAAAGGUGGAAAUCACCAUGGCAACCCAAUCUUUACUCUGCUGGUUCUUUUGUUUUCCCAUUAUGGUUGACCCAUUCGACUCAGAUAGUUUCAGCAAAUAGAAUAAACAUUUGAUCACCUCCUGACUGACUGAACAGGAACCAACCUGAGCAGCACUGAUUUAAAUCACCUUCCAACCGUUUCCAGAAAUAAUUCAGGAACAGUUUAAGGAGACUGAAAGCAGUUUGUCCUCCUCCCUGUUGUUAAGCUUUAUUUGGAAAUGAGGUGAAAGCUGGUGCUUCCUCAGAGCUUCACCUGAAGCUGGAUUUCAACCUUCCUGUACGAGCCGUCUGCAGCAGAACUGUAAAUAUGAACACGUUGGGCAACUCAGGUUUCUACCAAUCAAGACAAUGCAUUUUGUUUGUCCUGUAGGAAGCAGGUGCACAUGAAUAAGCACACGAACACGAGGCGAACAAAGAGGCUCUUAUUAGCAGACGUGCUGCGUGAGUUAAAUUCAAAUACAUUUUACACGUCCAGCCUGUCUUUCCAGACGCCUGUUUUUCUUUUAUAGUCUUAAAAAAUUACCUUUAGGAGUUUUUAUGUCGGAAACUCUUCCAUGUCUAAUGUUGCGACCCUAUGAUCUGUAUGCAGCUCAAGCAUUUAUGCCUGCGAUGAUGACUGUGGUCAUCUGGCAGCAAACCCUUUAAAAACUGAGCAAACAUGUAAAAACAUUCCAGCUGUUGGCAUCAUCCUGGAGGUCUACCAGUCAGCUUGCACCAUGCAACAGAAAACUACUCAUUAACUUUAUUUAUGCAACAACUAUAGAAACUGUUUGUGUUCAUUGGAUCCGUUCAUAGGAGCUCCAGUAUAGCCACCAGGGGGCGCUGCAUUUAUUUCAAUCCAGCCGUUGCUUUCUUUGACCAAAUUAUUCAGUUUUAUGACCUUUCAGGUUUGCCUUUUUUCAUCAGUGAAGUUGAGCUGAGCUUCUGUUUGCUUCUGGUGCAAAAACAUAAAAAAUAAGUGAAGGUGUGAAAAGUCAGAAACUGUAAACAUGAGGACCUCGGAGGCCACUUUUCACCAGCGGCGAAAUAAAAAAACAUGUCAGAUAAACAUGGAAAUGAUAAAAUAGCUGAGUCGUUUUCUGGAUAAAUUAAUUUUUAUAAAUUAAAGCAAAUCUUUUUCAAAUUCAAAUAAAUAUUGACAUAAAAGGUUACAAAAUAAGUCUAAGAGGUGAAAUUUUCAAUUUUAGCCACUAAUUUCCCAUUUUAUUUUUUAGACUUUUUCAUUCAUCAUAAAUUUUGCCUUUUUGAUUUUUUUGUUGUACAACUCUUGCCUUUUUCUCUCAGAUAUGACUCCAAGUCAGAAUGUUUCAUUUGUUCUGUUAUUUAGUUUUUAACUGGUGAAGAAGGGCCUCCACAGACGUCUGUGACUGAGUUUUUAAAAGCAAAAAUAAUUUGUUCACAGCAGGAAUCUGUAGUCGUGGAAAUAUUAAAAACUUUCUGUGGUCGUCUGAAUGUCGUCUUAAAGAGAUAAUAUUCAGAGUUUCUUUAUGUUUUAUGAGUAACUGUUGAUUUAUGUUAAAUUUGAUAUUAUUCUAUCGGUGUACAGCUUUGGGAUAAAGAGAGAUGAAUAAAAUAAUUUUUUUCUGUAAUUAUGAACAGAGGAAUAGCUUUUUUUCUUUUCUUUUCAUCUGACUCUUCCUCUUUUUGUCUGAUUCUGUCAGAGAUGUAUUCAGCCCUGCUGCUACGCCAGCUCUCUGUUUUUCUACCUACAGAGUUGGAUUUCUACGAAAAACAAUAAAAAACAAUAUUCGAUAAAAA